CCGGGGUCAGGGUGCGGCUGCAACUGACCCGCCCCGGAGCCGGGCGGUGACUGCCCGACGGCAGCCAUGCUGCGCUGCUUCGACUGCAACAACUCGGCUGAGGACGCCCGUACGCUGGUCGACGCCGGAUCGUGGACAGGUACAACAGGAGCCAACUCUUCACAACAAGAUACCGUGAUAACUGAGCAAAGAUCGAUGCUGAACUCGGAGUACCGGCUCAAAUUCCGUGACUUCACUGAUGACGGCUCGGCGGUGGUCGGGCCCCGGGCCUCGGACCCCGGUCCGGCCACGGCCGGCGUCGCCAGGUCCCGCACCUGGUACACCAAUCUGAUCGAGCUCCGCAGGAAGGCAGUCAGCUACAAGGUGCGGGGAUGGGGCCGAGAGACGGCCGCCUCCCACCUGGUCCACCUGUACGACCAGGCCGAGGACCCCAACCGACAGCCAGAGCGUAAAAUUAUCUCGGCCCUCUAUCUGGAGACGCUACAGCCUGGGUUCACGAGGGAGGGUCGCGGUCGCGCCGCGUCCGACACUGUUGACGGGCGCAGUCGGGCGGCGGCAGUGUCGGCCGGCGCCGACAGUCGACAGCCGCCGGGUGCCGACAAGAGGAGACCGCCGGGCGCCAAGGCGUCACUCAGACUGCACAUCACCGAGCGGAAGAGUCGCCCCGGCAGUGCCCAGCCGGUGGGCGCCAGAGGCGCAGCCGAUGCGGUGGACAAGGGUCGGGGAAGGAGUCCGUCUCGGCCGCGGGCGGCGCUGUCACUGUGUCAGCAGCCAGGCACCGUGUCGCCAGCUGGCCCGGGCCCGCCCAAGGUCAGCCGGAGGCCACAGGAUGGCGCUCCAGCAGGGUCCGCAAAGGCAAGAGCCGCCUCCGCGGACUCCAACGGGUCGCGUGCCGGGCUCAGGCCCGUCGGCGCCGGCCCGGCUGCUGACACUGCGCCCCCAAAAGACGGCAGCAGAGCCGACGCGGUCGCGGCAGACGCAAAGAGCGUGGCAGAGGAAGCCGUCGUCGCCACCCAGAUGCCGGCGGCCGGCAGCCCGCAGGAGGCGGCGCUGGCUGCCCUGGUGAAGAGCCCGCCAGAACCGACCCGCGUCAAGUCGCCGGAGGACGUGGCUGCUCUGCACUCGCCGGAACCGGUGAACUGGACGCUGCCGCUGGACACGGCGCGAGCCUUCACCGUCACGCAGAACGUGGCGGCCGGACUCUGA